AUGGAGAGUGAUACAGUUGAAGGCCUGGAAGAACAGGAAAUGAGGCUGGAGGAUCAAGAGACUAAUGGAGGCAACACUGACAAAAGUCCGUUACAGCUCCAGUCCAGCAACGCCACUCUCCCGGUCCUGGAGCUCUCGGAACCACCUCAGGCUCAGGAGAAGGCCUUGGCCCCCAAGGUCACCACCGUGCCCGAGGCGCCCACAGCGCCGCAGCCCGAGCAGGAAGCCGCCACCCGGCAGCCCACAGACACAGGCCAGCCCGCAGCAGGUGCCGCGCCGAGGUCGUCGGAACAAGCCAUCGAAGCCCUGGAAGGCGACGCUGUGAAACCCUCAGAGCAAACAAUCGAGUCCCUGGAAGGUGACACCCCAGUGCCCUCGGAAGAAACGACCAGGCCCCUGGAAGGCGACAAAGUGAUGGUGAUCCAGAGCAAGGAGGAGUUUGAGGCCGUGCUCAAAGAGGCUGGGGAGAAGCUGGUGGUGGUGGACUUCUCGGCCACGUGGUGCGGGCCGUGCAAGAUCAUCAAGCCCGUGUUCAACGCCCUGUCUUUCAAGUACGAUGACGUGCUGUUCCUGGAAGUGGACGCCGAUGAGUGCGAGGAGCUGAUUCAAGAGUGUGGAAUCGUGUGCAUACCAACCUUUCAGUUUUACAGAAAAGAGGAAAAGGUGGGUGAAUUCUGUGGUGCCCUUAAGGAAGAGCUGGAAUCCACCAUUACAGAAUUAAAGUAAUUAUGUAUUCUGAAAACACUGUAAACAGUUGGCUGUUGAUGGCUUGUGAUUAUUUUUUUUUUAAUUUACAAAAAUGGACCAGAUAUAACAAGAGUAUAUGUCCACA